AGAGAAGGAAGUGCUUUUAUGACGUCACUCUUGAAGGAAAACAGUCACCGUGAGAGAAGCUAUUUUCUUCCUUUCGUGUACAUUGACCCUGAAACAUGGAGAGCGGCAACGAGCCUGCUGUGGAAUGCAUCAGCCAUUCGAACCAUGCAUCGACCCCAAAAGAUACAGGCGAUCUGAACCUUAAUAAUGUCCUGCAAUCUGAUGAAAUCGACGGGAAACAAGUGGAAUCAUACAAAGCCGACAUUACUCUACGUUUAAAGAAAAAACAACGAAGAUGGACAGCAAUCGUGACAGUGACUGCAUUACUUUUUGCAAUUUUUUUCAUCCUGUUGGCAUUCUUGAUCGUAGCUAGAAAGAGUGCAGUGAAGGUUGAUUCCAAUUCAUCGAAUGUUGUCUGCCAUGGCGCCUGCAAUUUUGAAUUAGUGGAGACGAUCCCAAGUGGAAUGAAUUACGAUCCUGGAUCACCAAAGAACCCAGCAAUAGUCGAGAAGUUGAAAGAAAUUUUGACAACAGCAAAUCAAAGUAUAGAUAUUGCUUCAUCCUAUUGGACACUGAGGGGUACUGACGUUAAAGGUGGACCAUACCCAAUGGCAAAAGUUGGAGAGGAAAUUUUUGAUGGGCUCAUUGAUGCUGCUGUGAAACGAGGGGUUCAUAUAAGGAUUGUGCACCAAGUACUUUGCAAAGGUGGAAAGUGCAUGUAUUCUACAAAUGAUACAGAUACUCUUGCCAAAGUUGAAGGUAUUGAGGUUAGAACACUUGAUGUUGAAAAGCUAAUAGGAAGUGGGAUUAUACACACAAAGUUGUGGAUUGUGGAUGGUCACCAUAUCUACCUGGGAAGUGCAAACAUGGACUGGAGAUCAUACACAGAGGUAAAAGAGCUUGGAAUCAUGACAUACAACUGCCCUUGUUUGUGUUCUGAUAUGUCAAAAAUCUUUGAGGCUUAUUGGGUGCUAGCUCAGAAAGAUGCAAAGAUUCCAAAAGUAUGGCCCCAGUCAUACAACACCAAUAUAAAUAAAGAAAACCCAUUAGUAAUCACCUCAAGCAAUGGCUCGUCUGCUGUCUACUAUGCAUCAUCUCCUCCUCAGUUUUGUCCAUCUAACCGCACUGUUGAUAUUGAUGCUAUUCUUCAUGUGAUAAUGUCGGCCAAGAAAUUCAUCAAAGUUGCUGUAAUGGAUUAUGUCACUGCAGUUAUUUAUUCACGACCUGAAAGGUAUUGGGGUGUGAUUGAUAGUGCCUUGCGGGAAGCUGCUUAUGACCGAGGAGUAGAAGUACAGUUGAUGAUGAGCAGUUGGAUUCAUACCAAAAAGGAGAUGAUACCCAUGCUUAAAUCACUGCAAGAUUUUGGCAAUGCCUGCAAGAACGGCAGUAUCACAGUUAAACUGUUUACCGUGCCAGCAGGUAAAAUAGAUGUUCCAUUUACACGUGUUAACCACAACAAGUACAUGGUAACAGAAUCUGGGGCUUACAUAGGCACAUCUAAUUGGUCAGGCGACUAUUUCAUAAGCACGGCUGGAAUAGGGUAUGUAAUAUCACAGCUAGCCAGUAGCAAUGCUUCUUCGCCGCCUAUCCAGGAACAGCUUCGCAAUGUUUUUCAAAGGGACUGGAACUCAAAGUUUGCAUCAGCUUUGUGAGUUGUUCAAAAUCAAGAUAAUUUUUUUGAUAAAAUCUUGCCUUGAUUUGAUGUUAUAGAUUUUAGUUGCAAUGUUUCUUAGUAUGCUUGUAAUUUCUGCAAUUUCAAACUGUUUAAUUCCAUCACUUUAAUAAUUUCUUCAUUUACCAUUAAUUUUCGUCGAAUUUAAAGCUGUUUAAUUUUUAGUAUUCUAAAUAUUUUCUAAUCAUUUUCCGAAUUUCAUUCAUUUAUUGUUGCUCACCAGUUUUAACGAAAGUUUUAGUUUUAAGCUUAGCUUGUAUCAAAUCAAGUUUGAUUUGAUAGCUUCUAUGUGAUAGAAUUUGCCUGUCAUAUUUGAAUGUAACAUUGUUACUGUAAAUCUCGAAUCGAAUUUAUAACGAUAUAAUGAGGGUUCUUUAAUAUAUCCUGCUUGCUUGCUUGCGUCACUGUCAAAAAUUCGACGGUAUCUUGACCCCAAUUUAAUAAAUUCGACAUUAGUUUAGAAAUGUAAGGAGAAAUUAAAUCCAUGAAGUGGAUAUUGGAAAAAAAUUGACGUAAGAAUAUGUGAAAGAGCUCUCAUUUAAACAAGAUAUCAUUGUGCAUAUAUUUGAAUUUUGCUAUGAGAGAGUUGUAAAUUUAAUAUAUAUAAAUAAUUUGAGAUUUUAGCUUGUAAAAUUAAAGUUCGUAUGAUUUUUGUACCUCAAAAAUAGUUAA